AUGCCACCGGAUCAGUCGGACCCCCGCGGCGCCGCUGCUUCUUCGUCCCCCGGCGCUGCGGCGUCGAUUUUGGUGGGCAACACCCGUCGGAAUACUGCGUCUCCCAUGCAGCCUCCCGGCGGAGCUGCCAAUAGCGACGUGACGGACACCCCCGAAAAGAACACACCUGCUAGCAAUCACGGUGGUGGAUCAGCUGCCGUUGUUCUCGCGCCUCGUACAGGCGCCGCGCGCUCCUCGUCGCCGCACCUGCAGACUCACAGUCCGCCGGCCUUAGCCCGCCAAAGCGGCGGGGAUCACUCCCCGGCCCAUCUGUCGAACUCCACCUCGCCGUUCUACAUGGCGGACAUCACGACUGCUGCUGCUGCGGGUGCGGGCGCGAGGAGCCGUAACGGUGAAGAUAAUAGCAGUACUAACAAGAAGAAUGGCGAGGAUGGAACGACGGGCACUUCUGCCGCUCGCCUGCUCACGCCAUUGCGUACAACUGUGAAAAACACAGCCGUCCCGCGCACGUCCCCACGCGAGGACUCGCUUUAUCCGACCAUCCCGGAUGCCGGAGAUGCAGAGCUGAUCGCGUUUGAGGAGCAGGAGCCGCGUGGGUCGGCGUGGGGGAUUCCCUCUGUCGUGGUGCUGCGCCACCGGAUGGGCUUUAGCACGGUCGAGCUCACGGCUCAUCAGCGCGAGACGUACAGCCGCUACGACCUCGAGAACUUCGUGCUUUACAAGGAGCAGAAGUACAACGCCGUGAAUGUACUGUGGCGCUUUUGUUUGUUGUUGAUGUUUAUCCUGACUUUCAGCGUCUUCUGCCUUGUCUUCAGCACCUGCACCACGGAGUGGGUGGCACUGCAACACACGGACAGCUACCUUUCGCUGGGUCUGUUCGUCGCCUGCCACAACCGAAGCUGGAGCGAGUGCGCGCCGCGGGUCAGCUCCCGGUUGGAGUGGACGGUCACGGAUGUCGUAACCGGCGCCACCCUCUGCACAGCCUCCGCCAACUUCGUGCACCGCUUCAUUGGCGCUAUAUGGUCCAUGGCGAUUCUCCAGCUCCUGUGUGAGUUGAUUGCUUUGGCGCUCACGGCGUGGAUUGCCGCACGACCGACCCGCAGCGGUGCUCUCGUGAUGCUGUUCUUCGAUCUCCUCCUCGGCACCCUCAGCGGCGUUGUCGCGGUGGUGCUCUUCCAUCACUACAGCUCCUGCCUGCGCCAGACCUGCGAGGGGGAGCACCUGUCGGGCCGCCUCUGCAACGUGAGCUGGCGGUACGGGUAUAAGCUGUACCUCGGGGCGUUGGCCGUGCACGGCCUUCUGCUGCUGCUCGCACUUUGUAUGCACAGCUACAUCCACAACAUCCGCGUCACGGCGCGGAAGCAGCUGCGGGCGGAGCGGCACCGCGCGUCGCGCCGGCACGCGGAUGCGGUGGAGUACAUGGUACACGUAAUGAACAGCACGACUGGCGGGACGGACGAUCACCAUCAUCGCCAUCGCCACGAGGAAGAAGAGGGGGAGGACGGCAGCGGUGGCGUCGGCGGCUACGGCCGCGACAACGAGGCGGCCCUCGGCGAGGCUUCACCGAAUGAAAGGCGGCGACUCGCAACGACGCAGCGCGGGACGAGAAGCGGGGAGGGGGGGUCGCCUCCGCCGCCGCGUGAUGCACCGGAACAGCCGGGGCACAGCACCCUGCACAUCUCCUUUGCGGAUGUGCCGGACAGAGAACGGCGGCGAAGUCCUUCCGCACGUGAACAACGGAACGCGAGAGGUGGCGGUGAUACCCAGCAGGGUCAACAGUCGUGGCGCGGUGAGCAAGGCACCCACAACCACCUCUCCAGCAGCGGCCGAGGCGACGGCGGAGCGGCGAGAAGUGUAAGUGAUCUCACCGAGAGGACGGCGGCCGACUCGGGGCUCGGCUCGGAGGUCUCCCCGCCCACCGCCUUCGCCACCCAGCGACGCCGCGGGGAUCGGCGCCGGCAGCGGCAGCGCACCGCCUCCCCGCUGUUCCCCACUGGCUCUCCCCAUCAGCCGCAACACCACCACGUCACGCCGGGCGCGUCGAACCAAAGCAAGCGGAAGAUGAAGAAGAAGCUGUCGAGCGAGACCGCCGCGUACACGCAGGCCCGCAAGCGCAACCGCUUUUUCAUGCGCUUCUUCCAGCGCGCGUACGAUGCGAAUUACCUCACCGCGGCGGAGCUGGGUGUGCCGAUCGCCGGUGCCACGGACUGGGUCUACGACGACCGCAGCGACAUGUACUACUCCUUCGAGCGCAACAUGUUCUGGGACCCGCUGACGCACGAGUACUACAAUUGUGCGCUGAAGACGUGGCAGGAGUCACCAGACCAGGUCGUGGAGGUGCGAGAUGUGUUGGACUUCAUGCUGGAGGAGUCGGAGGAGGGGAGCGGGGGCGAGGAUGGCCAGGCAGAGCAGGCGGAGCAGCGCAGUGCGAUGGACGUGGAUGUGUACGUGGAUGCAAGCGAAGAAGACGAACCUACUCGGCGACGACGGUCGGUGCAGCACCACGGCGAACCCAUCACGGCCGCCACGGCCACGGCGACGGGCGGGGCUGAAAGCAGCGCUAUUGGCGGUACGGGUCCGAGUGCGAGCUCGCGCAAUCUGAACCGGAGCGCGUGGACGGCGGAAGGCGAGGAAGGCGAUGAGCGCGUGUUCCGCGCGGGUGCCGGAGAAGACGCAUCGGAUCUUCCCUCCACGCCCAGCUCUUUGCGAGGGUAG